CUUGAUAUUUCAAACGAACCAGGCUGGUUGCUGACUAAAACGGGUUGAAAAGUUAUAAACGUACAGAAGAAAAAUGUUGAAUGGAAAAUUCUUUACUGGUUUACCACCCAAAAUGAUUGAUCGUGGUGGUACUGGUGGUCGUAAUCGUAUGGAAUCACAUUUCUUUUGGCCCGAUGAUACUAAAGUGGACACGGCUGUUGAAAGUCGCAUCAAACGGAGAAAUAGUCUACAAUUGGCAAACACUGAAAGACCUUUGUAUGAAAAACAAACAUCUGUGGCUGAUAUUGAUGUGGAUACUAAGAAAAGAUUUAGCAAGGAAUUUUCGCAAUCUUCUAUACAAUUCUACGACAAUUUGAAUGACAAUCGUUCAAACUCAAGACGUCCAAUGCAAAGAAAUUCAGUGGGCAACAAGAGAACGGAAAUAACUGAAAAGCCAACUAAAACAAAACUGGAACUGCCUGAAAGUAUAGUGGAUGAAGCCUAUACUACUGCCAAGAAAAAACAAGCCUAUACAUCGAAAAUAGAGUUUUACGAUUACGUCAACGACAGAGAGGAACCACAAAAUAAUCGCAAUAAUUUGCGAAAACCAAAAAUGGAUAUGAAUGAUAAACGAGAAAUGGAAUUGAACACAAAGAACAGUCCUAAAUUACAAGUAAAACGUGAUGUCAGAAGUUUAAGCGAAGAAAAAGAACAACGCAAAAUUAAUAAUCGGGAAGUUAGUGCUGUGGAACGACCUGCAAACGAUUAUUAUAAUCAAAGGGAAAGAGAUAUGAUUCUCAAUAAUGAAGAGCGUUAUUUACAAAGCAGACGAUCGGUUGAACCCAGAAUGAACGUAAGUCCUAAGAGAGGUUUGGCAAAAACCACUAAUAAUUAUCUACAACGUUAUUCUAGCGAGAGGGACAUUUAUAGAGAACCCUCGUAUGAGAGACGUAAACCAGCAUAUUAUGAAAAUCCCAAGGAAAUAAGAGACUAUAGAAGAGAUGCUGCAACACCAGAACGAUAUGAAAAUCGUAGAUUUUCACAAAGAGAUGAAAUUUUAGAAGAUAAUUCGUAUUACAGAAGAGAAAGAGAGGAACCCAAAAGAGUUAAUAGACAAUAUUAUGACACCCCCGAGGAAAGAGAUUUUGAAUACCAACAUGAAGAGGAAAUAAGAAGUAGAAUGCGAAAUGUACAUUUAAAAUCCCCACCACUACGAAAACAAUAUUUUCCACCAGAGGAGUAUUACGAUGACGAACCACAACAGCAUUAUUAUCGCCACAAUGACCAAAUUAAAACACCCACUAUUCGCGGAAGUUCUCAUCAGCGUUUUGACUAUAACGAUCGAGAAGACAAUGAAGUUGAUUUGCCAUAUGAGAACAAUAAUUCCAACAAAAGAUUUAACAACAACAAUUCAGCCAUUAAUAAAAUAAAUAAUCAAAUUCAACAGAGACCACAACCAGCACCAACAUCUCCUCCACCCAGCGAUGCUGAAUCAAUGAGUGCAACAAAGUCUCAAAAACAUUUGCGCAGCAGCCUUUGUUUUAAUAAUGGAGAAAUUAUUGGAGCAAAUGAUGCGACCCAGUCGCCCACAUCAUCAUCAGCAUCACCGCAGUAUCCAACACAAAGACGAAAUGCUCGCAGUUCGGCAACUCAACGCGUCAGUGUAGGUUUACCAGAUUGAUCGCAAGUCCGCAAACAACAACAACAAUAAAAACCCCACUUAAAAAAAUGUAAAUAUUUAUGUGUUUUUUUCGUUGUUAAGAAAGCGGCUAGAACAACAA